AAAAGCGCUGUAUGACUUUUUUUUUUUUUUUUGUUUUUUUUUUUUUUUUCGUGAAACAAUAUCGAGCCGAAGUUGACGAGGUGAAAACUAACGAGUCGAAGAGGAAUUACAUUUGAAGAAGACGUUCGGUGCCUCAGUCCGGCCCCCUCCGUUCUCUAGCAGCGGUUGCGUGUCGGCGACGAGAGCCUCGUAUAAGGAGAGCACCAUGGUGCGAGCAGCCCUGGUGACGGCCACCAGUUUGGCCCUCACUUGUGCCGUGGUCACCCACGCCUACUAUCUCAAACACCAGUUCUACCCCACGGUGGUCUACCUGACCAAGAGCAGCCCCAGCAUGGCGGUGUUGUACAUCCAGGCAUUCGUGCUGGUGUUCCUCCUGGGGAAGUUCAUGCGCAAGGUUUUCUUUGGACAGCUGCGAGCAGCUGAGAUGGAGCACCUGAUUGAGCGGUCCUGGUACGCGGUUACGGAAACGUGCCUGGCCUUCACGGUGUUCCGCGAUGACUUCUCUCCUCGAUUUGUUGCCCUCUUCACCCUGCUGCUCUUCCUCAAGUGCUUCCAUUGGUUGGCUGAGGACAGGGUGGACUUUAUGGAGAGGAGUCCCAACAUCUCCUGGAUCUUUCAUUUCAGAGUGCUCUCUUUGAUGGCCUUGCUAGGAGUUCUGGACUUCCUGUUUGUCAACCACGCCUGCCACAGCAUCAUCACCCGUGGCGCUUCAGUCCAGCUUGUCUUUGGAUUUGAGUAUGCAAUCCUGUUGACGAUGGUCCUCACCACCUUCAUCAAGUACACACUCCACACUAUUGACCUGCAGAGCGAGAAUCCUUGGGACAACAAGGCGGUCUAUAUGCUCUACACAGAGCUCUUCACAGGGUUCAUCAAAGUACUGCUCUACAUGGCCUUCAUGACCAUCAUGAUCAAGGUGCACACCUUCCCCCUCUUUGCCAUCCGCCCCAUGUACCUGGCUAUGAGGCAGUUCAAGAAAGCCGUGACGGAUGCAAUCAUGUCUCGACGGGCCAUUCGCAACAUGAACACACUGUACCCAGAUGCCACGCCUGAAGACCUGCAGGCCACCGACAAUGUGUGCAUCAUCUGCAGGGAGGAGAUGGUGACGGGUGCCAAGAAGCUGCCCUGCAACCACAUUUUCCACUCCAGCUGCCUUCGCUCCUGGUUCCAGAGGCAGCAGACAUGUCCCACCUGUCGCAUGGAUGUGCUGCGUGCCUCUCUGCCUAAUCAGACACAAGUCCAGCCCCCUGCACAGCCUGUAGCUCCACCUCCUGCUGCCAAUCCGCCCGUCCCGCCACCAGGUAAUGUGCCUCCUGGAAUGAUGCCCCCCUUCGCACCCGGACUCUUCCCUUUCUGGGGACCCUUCCCUGCUGCGGCGCCCCCUGUGGCAGCCCCUGGUCCUCAAGCCCCUACGGAUUCACCCCAGACGGGGACUGAGGGAGCCCAGUCACAGGCUGCUGGCCCCAGUCGCCCUGCCCAGCAGGGUCCUGACGCAGCUCCUCUACCCACCGGGGCUGCCAUCCCAGGAUUCCCCUUUUCCUUCCCACCUCCGCUGCCUACUGCUCCUUGGCUGGCCAUGCCUCCGCCUCCCCCUUUUGUGUCCUCCAUGCCACCACCCCCAGCCUCCUUGUCCAGCCUCUCGGAGGCGGAGCUCAGAGAGCUGGAGCAGGAAGGUCGCCGAGGCCUGGAGGCUAGACUGCAGUGUCUACAGAACAUCCACACGCUGCUGGAUGCUGCCAUGCUCAACAUUCACCACUACCUGUCCACAGUGGCCACACUCAGCCCUCCGCGUUCCGAAAGCUCUGGCAACGAGGCGGCAGCGCCAGGAGGGGCGGAAACAGCUGCAGUGAACAGCAGCACAGCAGAUGAUGCUCAGAUGCACAGGGAGCAGACAGGUGAAUCUGUGCAGGGUGCAGCAGGCAUCACGACCCCUGACUCCACCACCGAGGAAGAGGCCAAGGAGGACAGCGAACCCAACGCUGCCGAGCUGCGGAAACGACGCCUCCGUAAGCUGGAGACAGCGGCGCAGCCUGAGCAGUGACAGACCAACGCCCUAAAUGACCUUUUGGAUAACCGUGUGGACAGCCCUCCCCCACUCAAUUACAGAAAGUGUCACAGAUGCACCCAACAGGCCCCCCGGGCUCGUUGGUAAUGGAUAUACACCUUCCAGGUGUUGACAUGUGUACAGAGAACACACCAGUGCUGCGCAAUGUGGACAAAUGCAAACGUCCAUAAUGAGGCGCUGCUUUUCAUUGCAACACGUUCAGUGGUUACAUUAACACCUCCCAUCACCUCCUUCUCCUUCGGGUAGUUGCUGAAGAGCCGUGUGCUGGUGGUCUGAGCCUCAGUUCCAUACUCAAGCUUGUCUGUUCAUGAUAACCUUUUGGAAUAUGCCAGCGUCGCAGGAAGUGCGAGACACGUCCCUGGCCGAUUUGUCCUGCUCUGCCUGUCAAGGUGCCUCGAUGGGCCUGUUAUGGGUUUUCUGGUCUCCCCCCCCCAAACUGCUUCCUUACCUCUAAGUGUAGAAAGGUGUGUGGGGUUUUUUUUUCCCUCCCCCCUCUCUUUGCCUGUAGCCCAGAAUCACAUUGGAAAGUAGAGGGUGCUUCUGCCCCCCCCUGCCAGAUUAAGGACUAUAAUUGGUCUUGUCUCUUGCUUCUUUUUUUUUUUUCCCCCUCUUAUA